AACCAUAACCACUCGACAUUAUAAUAUAUAGAUAUAGAGAGAGAAACAAGGAGAGAGAGAGAGAGUGAAAAUGGCUGCAGUGAAAGGAGCCAUACUAGCAGCAGAUAACGAAGCGAGCUUCCAAGACCAAGCAGAGAUAUGGAAGUACAUGCUCAACUUCGGCGACUCCAUGGCUCUCAAAUGCGCCGUCGAGCUCAAACUCCCCGACAUCCUCCACUCCCACGACGGUCCGAUGACUCUCUCCCAAAUCGCCGCCGCCAUCCCCAACGCUCCGUCCCCUCAACCCUCCCACCUCUUCCGAGUCCUACGACUCCUCGUCCGCCGAAAAAUCUUCACCGCCGAGGAAGGCGACGACGGAGAAACCUUCUACGGCCCCACCAACCUCUCGAAAUGGCUCCUCCACGAGCCAACUCCCACGGCCGAUAACGACGCGUCGAUCAUGACCCUAGCUCCGAUGCUGAUAAUGGAGAACAACCCCUGGUUCCUGGAUCCGUGGCACAAGCUGAGCGAGUUCAUCAGAGAAGGAGGGAUGGCUCCGUUCGAGAAGGAGCAUGGGUACAUGUUCGACUUUGCUGGGAAGAACCCUCUGUUCAAUAAGCUCCUCAACAACGCCAUGGCUUGUACGGCCAGGAUCACCAUUAGGACGAUCUUGUCUCGCUGUGGUGAUGCGUUGUUCAGUGGGGUUGGGUCGGUGGUCGACGUCGGCGGUGGGACUGGGAAUUUUGUGUCUGAGAUUGUGAAAUCGUAUCCGCAUAUUAAGGGUAUCAACUUUGACCGGUCGCACGUUAUUUCGACGGCUCCGACGUACCCUGGUGUGACCCAUGUUGGGGGUGACAUGUUUCAGGAAGUGCCUUCUGCUGAUGCCGUUGUCACCAAGUGGGUGUUGCAUGAUUGGGGAGAUGAACUAUGUGUGAAGCUAUUGAAAAACUGCAGAAAAGCCAUCCCAGAAAAGGGUGGGAAACUAAUAAUAGUGGACAUAGUUGUGGAGGCAGAUGGGAAAGGACUGUUCGAUGACACUGGUGUUGUGUUUGAUGUUCUAAUGCUUGCUCACAACACUGGUGGAAAAGAGAGAACUGAGAAAGAGUGGAAGAGCCUCUUGGACCAAGCUGGCUUCCCUCGCUACACAAUCACCAAAAUCCCUGCCUUGCAAUCCAUCAUUGAGGCCUAUCCAAACUAAUCCUUAAUUAAUUAUGUAUAUUAUUAAUCAUCAUCAAGUGAUAUAUAUAUAUAUAUGUAUAUCACUCUCUCUCUUCUAUAUAUAUAUAUUAUAAUAAAUCUCUGCAUGUGUGAACCUGUCUACUGUUCUAGACAUGUUAUAUUAUCACUACUACUAGGGCUAUAAUAAUAUUUAGCCAACUAUAUAAGUAUAUUCUUGAUUGAAUCAUGAUUUCAAGAAUUGUUUAUGGUUUGGUUAAUUGGUCUCAAAAUGUUAGUAGUGAAGUUGUAUUAUAUUGAGUGUGGCUCCAUUAUUUCCAUUUUCUUUUGUGUAUGGCUGUGAUUUAAUGGAAAAUUGUUGUAGCAGUUUUAUAAUAAUAAUAUUAUUAUUAUUGUU